AUGUGCCAUGAGUGCGGGAAAAGCUUCGGGUGGAGCUCUCACCUUAUCAGACAUGAGAGAAUCCACACAGGGGAAACGCCCUACAUGUGCUCUGAGUGCGGGAAAAGCUUCAAUCAGCGCUCAGACCUUAUCAGACAUGAGAGAAUCCACACAGGGGAGACGCCCUACACAUGCUCUGAAUGCGGGAAAAGCUUCAGGCGGAGCUCUCACCUUAUCAGACAUGAAAGAAUCCACACAGGGGAGAUGCCCUACACGUGCUCUGAGUGCGGGAAAAGCUUCAAUCAGAGCUCUAUCCUGAGCGCACACAGGAGAAUCCACACAGGGGAGACACCCUACACGUGCUCUGAGUGUGGGAAAAGCUUCAGUCAGCGCAGAAGCCUUAUUAGACAUCACAAAAUCCACACUGGAGAGAAACCCUACAUGUGCUCUGAGUGCGGGAAAUGUUUCAAUCAAAGCUCUGCCCUUAUCACACAUUGGAGAAUCCACACAGGUGAGAAACCUUAUGGAUGUUCUGAGUGUGGGAAACACUUCAUUGAUAGUUCAACCCUCAUCUCACAUCAGCGAAUUCACACAGGAGAGAGACCCUACACGUGCUCUGAGUGUGGGAAAAGCUUUAGUCGGCGCUCACACCUUAUCACACAUCUUAGAAUCCACACAGGAGAGACGCCCUACACAUGCUUUGAGUGCGGGAAAUGCUUCACUGAUAGUUCAGCCCUCAUAUCACAUCAGAGAAUACACACAGGAGAUGCCUAUACAUGCUCCGAGUGCGGGAAACGCUUCAAUUGGAGCUCACACCUUAUCACACACAGGAGAAUCCACACAGGUGAGAAACCUUAUGGAUGCUCUGAGUGUGGGAAAAGCUUCAGUCAGCGCUCCCACCUUAUCACACAUUGUAGAAUCCACACAGGAGAGAAGCCCUACACAUGCUCUGAGUGUGGGAAAAGCUUCAAUUGGAGCUCACACCUUAUCAGGCAUCAGAAAAUCCACGUA